GAAUCGUCCAAUCAGCUUCGUCCGCGGCCGUCGUUCAAAACAGAAGAGGUAUUUGGUUUGAAUUUAACGGCGUCACCUCGGUGUUUUUUAGGUGAAGAUAUCGUGUGGGGAGACCAUUAUACGCACCCAAAAGGCAUCAAGACAUUUAAUCAACCAUGGCGGAAGGAGGAGAUAUGGAUUGGGAACUCAGCAAAGAGAACAUCCAGCCACUAAGGCGAGGCAGGGCUAUAUCAGCCUUACAUCAAGCCCUUAGCCAACAAGAAGAAGGAUCGACUUCUGCAAUCAACCAGCAGAAACAGAUGUUUGAAUCUGAACUACGAAUGUAUGAUGGAGAUGAUCCACUUAGCGUUUGGGAUAGAUAUAUUAAGUGGACAGAGCAAACUUUCACUCGGGGAGGAAAAGAGAGCAAUCUUACAAUGUUGUUGGAGCGGGCUGUGACCAAAUUCACAGAUGAAAAGAUGUACCACGAUGACCCUCGCUAUGUUGAGCUCUGGAUUAAAUUUGCAGCAAACUGCCAAGAACCCCUCGACAUUUACAGCUAUAUGCAAGCCCAGGGGAUAGGAGUGACACAGCCGUCGCUCUACAUUGCUUGGUCUGAAGAGUACGAGAACCAGGGAAAUUAUCGAAAAGCUGACCUCAUAUACCAGGAGGCGUUUAAAAAAUGCCCUGCGCCACAUGAUAGGCUCCAUCAGUUCCACAAAGCUCUGCAGGCUCGUGUGUCCCGACAGGCUUUUAUGAAAUUGGAAAAUGACAGCAGCGAUGAGGAGCCAAAUGAACCUGAAAGAAUUUCCCUUGCCGACCUCAGACAUAGAGGGAAAAAGAAGGCUAUUGCUCCCAUCAACAGGACCGGGAAGGCAAUUAAAGGUAUUAGAGGAGGCUUGCAGACUGUCGGUGCCCCUGUCCUCGGCAACGUCUCAAACAGUCAGCUGGUUAUUUUUAAUGAAAACAAAGCAGAAGCUGGUGGUCCAUCAGAACCUUCUCUGGAAUCUUGGGUGGCUCCCCCAACGUCAAGAGCAAAAGAAAAUGAACAAAAGCCUGAAAAAUGGUGUGAUGUGAAGGUGCUUCAGAAAACUAAAUUUGGACAUGCAGUCAUGCCUCCACCACCCCCAAAACCCACCUUCCAACCAUUUGUCGAAGAGUCUGAUGAGCCUCCAACAAUGACACCAUGUAAGAUCAACCCGGCGGUGAACUCUGUUCUUUCGGUGCGGAGGCCACACAAGGAAGAAACCCCUCUGAAAAGACUGCAAGAGCAGCAACAGCUGCAUAAAGAGGCUAAAGCAGGAAAACUGCAUGAGCAGAGCAUGUACUGUAAAGAGCUGCUGCUCAGCGGCGCCACUGAAUUCUGCUUUGAGGAGCUGCGGGCCGAACACUUCUUCAAGAAGAAGACGCAAGGGCUGCAGGAAACCAAAGUGGAGGGCUGUCAAGCUGCCGCCACUGUGGCUGCAAACUGAUACGUGCGCCAUAAAGGUUUUGUCAUAUUUUGUGCAAGGUUUUAUCUUGUCAUGGUUUGAUGCUUUUAGAAAAGUUAUUUUCUAAAAACUGUAAAGUGUAGAACACCACACUGUGGAAGUGCAGAGUUUUUAAAAAGUACACAAUGUAGAGCACACAACUAAAUGAAAACAGGAGAAAUUGAAUCUUUUUCAGGGUUUUAUUUACAGCUAUUCAUCUAACUCGGUGUUCCACCUGUCUGUUUCUCUCUUGCUCUUCUGUUAUGUAAACAUUUUUUCUGUUCUUUAGAACAGGGAAUUUUAUUAAUGCAUCUCCUUGUUUUUUUGUUUUCCAUGUAUUUCAGUAUUUAAGGUUUUAUUCCCUGUUCCAUAACACUCAAUGUAAGAUUCAGUGAAGCGACAUGGCUGGUUUUUACUUCCCUUGUUUAUGUCACUGAUCUCCAAUAAAGUUGUCAAAACAUC